CAACCCCUUCGUGCUGAUCGUCCCGUCGUGGUCUUCUGCGGGGUGGUGGUCCUCAUGCUCAGCAUCGAGGUCUGCGUCAGGAGGAGGGAGUUCAAGGAGAAGAACCCGAGGUCAUGGACGACGAGGACGACGACGAGGAGAGACAGGUGGAUCCUGGCAUCAUCAACUACGGCUUCGGCAACUUCGCCGCCGAGGAGGCCCCGGCCAAGGCGGUGACGUGGGCCCCCGUGGGCUCCUCCAGCCCCGCCAAGUCCCUGGAACCCGGCGGGUCGGGCGCCACCAAGCUGGACGCGCGGAAGCGACCGGACACGACCACGGCCUACUCGCCGGGGUCGUCGGGCGGGGGCCCCCGGGUGCAGGUGGUGGCGGCCUCCGUGCCGCCGUCGCCGAGCCUGGGCGACCCUCCGCUCGAGAACACACAGUCGCAGGAGCAGCUCGAGCUCCUCCUCUCUCCCAAGACGCUGGAGUGAAGCGGCCGAGCCUCUGGCCCCGCGCGGAGGAAGGAAGCGGACCCGGGCGGCGGCGAAAACACGCCCGCUGCCGCUCGGGGCGGGCGCGGGAGGGUGUGGGC